AUGCUACGUCCGGAGGAGUGGAACGGGGAGGUGCCAGACGCAGAAGCGCAAGAUGAAGAAGCGCAAGACAGUGAGGCGCGAAACCAAGAAGCGCCAGAUGAGGAAGCGCCAGAUGCAGAGGCGCCAGACGAAGAAGCACCUCAUACUUCUAUCCAAGACGAAGAAAACGAAGACGAAGAACCACCCUAUCCCGCCAGCCCAGGAAACGAAGACUCCAUCUCCCUCCCCUCAAACCCCUACCCCGAAGACGACUUCCUCCUCCCCCUAACCCGACAACCCGCACGAACCACACCUCCCCCGCCCUUCCCCUCCCCUCCUAACCUAAUCAUCCACCCAAACUCCUCACCGGGACUAUCGAUUCCAUCCCCCGGACUAUCGAUACCAUCAAACCCCUACCCGGAAGACGCACCGUCCUCACCAACCUCCUCUUCCCAGCCCCCUCCACCACCACCACCACCCCGACCCACACAAUCCCCCUCCCCAUACUACCGCGCCGUAACACCGCCUACGCCGCACGCCCGCUUCCCGAUAUAUCCUGUUGAUAGAACGAUUUCGCCUAUUAGUCCGUUUAAUGCGAGUCGGCAUUUGAUUUCUGCGGAGGGCACGGCGUCGAGCCUGAGUUACCGGAUUGAUCACAGACAGGAAGGAAAUGGUGGAUACAACAAUGAUGGUUAUGGUGUAGAAGGGGGGUAUACGUAUGCGCCUAAUCAUCCUUAUCACGGUAUGAGUGCUCAAGAGACGAGCGAGUAUUGGCUUGGGCUUGAGGGGUAUCAUACGGAGAGUGAGCGGAAUCUGAGGAGGAGGGGUGAAGGGAGGGGGAGGAGACGGACGGUUUCUUCGCCUGUGCAGUAUGAUGUCGAGAGGGUGUUUGGGUCUGUGGGGGAGAGCUAUGAGGGUGGUGGUGUAGAUGGUGACAGGGAGCGUGAGGAUGAGGUUAGGCGGCGGUAUUUGGACGCUUUGACUGGUGAAGAGAGAAGGAUGGCGGAGCAGGAAGAAGACGAGGAGUUCGCCAUGAGGACUUCCUCUGGGGAAACCAAUGCAGGGAGAAAGAACAUGAUGAACCGGCUCCUAAGCACCUUUGCAUGUCGACCCGGAACCGUCACACCACUACACACCACCACCACCCCCAAUCCAACCAACACAAACACACCCACCACCCCCGCCGUACCCACAACCCCAAAGAAAUACACCAUAGCCUACCUCUCCCACAAAAUACACCGAACCCAAAAACACGAAGAAGAAGCCAGACUCCGAGAACGCCUCAUGGCCCUCCGCCUAGCGGAACCAUCUGCGCCGCAAACCCACCACAUCGAAGACAUCAACAUCAACAACCCCACAGAAAUCCCCGUUCUCGUCCCUAAACCCAAAGCGAAGAGGAGAAAAGACAGCACACAGCCUAACCCUAACCCGCCUUCUCUUGUCCCAAACCUAGAAAGUCGGACGCAGAGUGUGAUUGGUCCGCCGGUUGGUCUUUCGCAGAUGAUUCAGAGGGCGCCGGGGAGUGUUAGGGUGAUGACUCCUUUGCCGGUUUCUGUAGCUGUGUCAGAUACCGGAUCUUCGGGUGGAGAGAGAGGGGAAGAGGUUCAGCGUGGGCCUAGACAAGAGCACUCAGGUUCGAGUCUCAGCGACCGGUUACGGCAAACGCAACUUGAAGAUUUACCUCUGCAACAGGAUGCAGCAAAGGAGAUACGGGAUUUGAUGAUGGCGCUUGAACGGGAUCAAGGGGAGGUGGCUAGCACGCCUGUUCGGUAUACAGGUGGUCAUGGACCACCGAACGGUGUCGACACGAGUACUACUCCGAUUGAACGCGUGGAUGAGCUGCCCGCUGGUUUUUCCCGUCCCGAAACGACCCCCUCAUCGGGCCACACACAGCCCAGUUUGUCUGCGCACGAAACUCUCGAACGACACUUCCGUACUCAACGCCAAGUCAAUGAGCGUUUCAUCCGUCCUGUUCGUGCGAUAACUUCGCAGUCGAGUAGUCGGACGCUGCCGAGGAGUUAUCGGGUACCGGAGGGGCAUGGUGGUGGAAGGGGUGUGCUAAGGGUUACUAAUGUGGUUGUGCAGGGGGAGGAAUUGGAGGGAAGUAACGAGGUUGGGGUUGGGGUUGAUGGUGGUGAGGAUGGUAAGGGUGGUGGUAGUGCGAAUAAUGUUGUUGAGAAUCAGCAAGACGACACUGAGGAGUUAGCGGCGGAUGGAGAAGAGCAGAAGGGUGAGUCUCUGCUCCGAUAUAAUGGUGACGAGGAAGGUGGGAGAGAUGUGACAGAGACUGGAUGA